CAGCGACCGUCACCAGAGCUGACGGAGAAGUCGGACGGUAUUAGCGAGAUGGUGAGGGGAAACCCGCCGCAAGGUGGGCUGAAUUUUCUGUCUGGACUGUAGACUAUCUCAAACUCCUGGAACAUUUGCUAAAGGACUUAACAUGAGGAUGUCCUUAAACCAUCCUGAAGAGACUGAAUAUAACCACCGACACAAGGGAGAGUCCAGCUUGUGAUGGACUAAAAUUGAGAAAGCCGGUUUGAGAAUGCAUGGAGCACAUCAAGAUACUUUGUUGUGUUUCUGAAGAGUCAAGGUGGAGGCACCUCAAGCUGAAAACACCCACCCGACCCUUUAUGCCUUGCACAUCCCAUCCCAUGAGGCAGCACCUAGAGAUCGUGCAAUUGUCACCUACUUCAGAAUCAUGGUGUCAAAAGAGAGAAUUUGCAGACAGCAAUGUCAAACCAAACAUCAAGAUGUGACAGUCCCUAGAUUCAUCAGGACCUGAAAAUCAUCACCCUUUGAGCGUGGAAGGAGAAAUGUUUCUUUGUUCUGUCUGAGGGAAAAGAUUUCAAAUGUCAGUGUAACUGAAAAACUAAGACACAAACCCAAGUGUUCGAGUGAAUUGGCUGGAAACAGCUUUAAUCAAUUACACAGGCCAAGCAAGAGUGUUCCAGUGAACUGAUUGUGGAAUGAGCUUUAACCAGUGACACUAUUCAAAAAAAAAUCACACCAUUCACAGUGGGGAGAAACCAUAUUUGUGUUUUGUGUGUUGACAAGGCUUCAACUGAUCGUCCAACUUAGGGAGACACACAAACAACUGCGCCAUGGAGAAACCAUGGAAAUGUGGGGACUGUGGGAAAGGAUUCAGAUCCCCAUCUGACCUGGAAAUUCAUCGACGCAGUCACACUGGUGAGAGACCGUUCACCUGCUCUGAGUGUGGGAAGGGAUACACUCAGUUAUCCAGCUUGCAGACACAUCAGAGAACUCACACUGGGGAGACGCCAUUCAGUUGCUCUGAGUGUAGGAAGGGUUUCACUCGAUCAUCCACCCUGCUGAAACACCAGCGAGUUCACACCGGGGAGAGACCGUUCACCUGCUCCGAGUGUGGGAAGGGAUUCAACCAUUCUUCCAAUCUCCUGACACACCAGCGAGUUCACACUGGGGAGCGGCCUUUCACCUGCUCCAAGUGUGGGAAAGGAUUCUCUGAUUCGUCGACCCUGCUGAAACAUCAGCAAGUUCACACUGACGAGAGACCUUUUAUCUGCACAGACUGUGGAAAAUGUUAUAAAAGUUCCAGAGAGCUGUCAUGCCAUCAACGUGCUCACACUGAUGAGAGACCCUUCAGGUGCUCUCACUGUGGGACAGGGUUCAAAACGAUAUCUGACCUCACUGUACACCAGCGAGUUCACACUGGAGAGAAACCAUUUACCUGCUUUGAGUGUGGGAAAAGAUUCACUUAUUCAUCCAACCUCCUGAGGCAUCAGCGUAGUCACACAGAUCUGAGAACUUUUCAAUGUUCUGAUGGUGAGGAGAGCUUUAAAAGCAGCAAUGACUUGCAGACACACCAAUGCACUGACACUGGAGAGAGUCCGUUCUCCUGUUGUGAUUGUGGGAAGGGAUUCACUGAUUCACCCAAUCUGCUAAAAGAUCAGCAAAUUCAUGUUGUUGAGAAGCCACUUAUCCACUCUGAGUGCGGAAAGGACUCACUUGGGUGUUCACUCUGCUGCAAGAGUAGUGAGUUCAUUCAAAGAAGAGGCCAUCCACUUGAUCCCUGUGUGGGAAGGAAUUCACUCAUUCUUCCCCCCUGCUGAGACUCCAGUGAGUUCACAUGUGACCGCAGGGGUUGAAUUCUAUUUCUGCUGCUAUUCAUCUCAUUGAGAGCUGAACAUGGGGGUUAAUGUUGUCAUUUUGUAAAUGGUUUGGAUGUGAAUAUAGGUGGAAUGAUUAAUAAGUUUGCAGAUGGACAGCAAAAUUGGUGGUGUAGUGGGCCGUGAAGAAGCUUAUCUCAGAAUACAGCAAGAACUUGAUCAGACGGGCGGAGGAGUGGCAAGUGGAGUUUAAUUUAGAUAAGUGUGAGGUGUUGCAUUUUGGUAAAGGAAAUCAGGGCAGGACUUCUACACUUAAUGGUAGGUUCCUGGCGAGUGUGGCUGAGCAAAGAGAUCAUGGGGUGCAGGUUCAUACUUCCUUGAAUCUGGAGUCUCAGGUAGACAGGAUAGUGAAGAAGACAUUUGCUAUGCUUGCCUUUAUUGGUCAGUGCAUUGAGUAUAGGAUUGGGAUGACAUGUUGCGCCUGUUGAGGACAUUGUUUAGGUCACUUUUGGAAUACUGUGUUCAGUUCUGGUCUCCCUGCUAUAGGAAAGAUGUUGUUAAACUUGAAAGGGCGGAAAAAAUUUACAAGGAUGUUGCUGGGAUUGGAGGGUUUGAGUUACAGGGACAGGCUGAAUAGACUGGGGCUAUUUUCCCUGCAGUUCCUGAGGCUGAGGGGUAACCUUAUAGAGGUUUAUAAAAUCAUCAAGGGCAUGAAUAGGGUGAAUAGCCAAGGUCUUUUCUCCAGGGUAGGGAAGUCUAAAACUAGAGGGCUUAGGUUUAAGGUGAGAGAGGAAAGAUUUAAAAGGGACCUAAGGGGUAACUUUUUCAUACAGAGGGUGGUGCAUGUAUGGAAUGAGCUGUUAGAGGAAGUGGUGGAGGCUUGUACAAUAACAAUAUUUAGAAGGCAUCUGGAUGGGUACAUGAAUAGGAAGGGUUUAGAGGGAUAUGGGCUAAAUGCUGGCAAAUGGAACUAGAUUAAUUUCGGAUAUUUGUUCAGCACGGACGAGUUGGACCGAAGAGUCUGUUUCCAUGCUGUACAACUCCAGUGCUGAGAUAGGGAAAAAAAUGUGGCCCAGCUGCUCUCCUCUAUGUAUCAGAGCUCCUAGACAUGGAACACAAGUUCCUUUACAACUGGGUUUUGAGUCAUCAAAAACAAUGGACAGCGAUGGAAAUGUGUUGUCAAGGCAGAGAUUGGGGUCAUAAUGGGAUCUGUUCCUGACUGAAAAUGAAACAGUAGAUUUAGGUUUCUAGUCUGUAAAAAAAUGUGGCUAUUACGGUCUGAGGAAUUAAAAUGAUUGCGUGAUAUUUUAGUUCUCCGACUGUACAUAAAUAACAACAACUUAGAGCUUUUCACGUUGGAAAACCUCCCAAGGUGGUUUAUAGUUGACUGUAAGCGUUGUUGAGGUAGAUUUUAGGAAAAUGAAAAAUUUAGGGAGAGAAUUCUUGAGUUUGAUAUCUUGGUAGCUGAAAGCACAACCACAGAUGUUGGAAUGAUGUAGGUAGGGGAUACGAAAGGGUCACAAUUGGAGCAGUGCAGGGCUGUUGGAGGGCUGUAUAGGACCAGAUGAGGUUCAAGAGAUUGUCGCGGAGAGAGUGACUGCCUUUGUGUAACUUCAAGUGCCGAAUGAGAUCCAUGCAGGCCAAUGCCUUGCUGUGAGAGAUUGUUUGCUGCCUUUAAAUGGAUGACAGACACUAUGUUUGUGGACUUAAAACACAACACUGACCUCCACCAAUCUGCUUUGCAUAGCAGAUUAGGAACAAUGAUGUGAUGGUGGUCCAGGAGGGGAAGAUGGCGUAAGGAGAUAUGGAACUGGUAACUCAACUCAAAGCGCUCGCAUUUCUACCCAUACACUGUCCCAUCUGCUGACAUUCUGCAGCUUCACCCACCAGCUGAGUCUUCUCCUUGCUCCUCCUGUAGGAUCCAGCACAUCACCAUUAUCCCUGGGUUCCUUGCUGGCGAGCACUGAAGGUCACCUCCAGCCAAGUCCAGAUGCUGAAACAUAUCCAACAUUUGUAUAAAACAAAGAACAGUGGAUGCUGGAGAUCUAAAGUGAAAACAAAGUGCUGGGGAAACUCAGUAGGUCUGGCAGCAUCUGUGGGAAGAAAGCAGAGUCUGGUGACUUUUCAUCUGACAACACAUGGUAGUGGCGUGACUCUGGUCCUGGCAUUCCUACACCUCACCGGGAGGAGCCGAGUUUGGAAAGGGUCCCUCUGGUUUUCCCCUAAUCCAUCCCUUUAAUCUUUCAGUUCAAGGAAUGAACACGUUGGAAUUGUUGCAAUCUGAAUCCAUCAACAUUCAUCAUGCUAUAGGGGUGGGGGGGAAUGUUCACAGUUUAAUAUUGGAAUCUGGGGGAUAAUGUUUACUGUUUUAUGUUGGGGUCUAGGGAGUACUGUUCUUGUUUUUAUUUGGGUCUAGGCUGCAGCUAGACUUGUAUCCCUUGUUGGCUUGUCAGAGCUCUGAUUAAAGGCUUUAAUAUCAGGUUGAUAACUGACUUCUGUCUGGGCAGGCAACUCAGGACGUGGCAAGAUGCCUCAACAAUAAUGAUGGGUGAUCAUGGGUAUAAAACGAACGGGGUUACUCCCACCAAUGCUGUUUAUCUUGAAAUUGACUCAAAAAUCACAGUGCUGCAUUAAAAUACUCCCAAACUUCUCAACCUGAA